AGCCGAGCGAAGCCUGCGACCCACAAAGCCACCGCCGCCGCCGCCGCUGCGAUGAGCCUCUGAGGCGUCAGCCCGCGCUUGGUCCUCCGCCGGCCAGCGACUAUGCCCGGCCGCGCCCGCCCUCCGCGCCCUCCCGCCGCAGGACCAUGAGGCCGCGCUCGGGCGGGCGCCCAGGGGCCCCGGGCCGCCGCCGCCGCCGCCUCCGCCGCCGCCCCCGCGGCCGCCGCCUGCCGCCGCCGCCGCCGCUGCCGCUGCUGCUCGGGCUGCUGCUGGCGGCCGCGGGGCCCGGCGCGGCGCGGGCCAAGGAGACGGCGUUCGUGGAGGUGGUCCUGUUCGAGUCGAGCCCGAGCGGCGACUACACCACCUACACCACCGGCCUCACGGGCCGCUUCUCGCGGGCCGGGGCCACGCUCAGCGCCGAGGGCGAGAUCGUGCAGAUGCACCCACUGGGCCUGUGUAAUAACAAUGAUGAAGAAGACUGGUAUGACUAUGGCUGGGUAGGAGUGGUGAAGCUGGAACAGCCAGAAUUGGACCCAAAACCAUGCCUCACUGUCCUGGGCAAGGCCAAACGAGCAGUACAGCGGGGAGCCACUGCAGUCAUCUUCGAUGUAUCUGAAAACCCAGAAGCUAUCGACCAGCUAAACCAGGGCUCAGAAGACCCGCUCAAGAGACCAGUGGUGUAUGUGAAGGGCGCAGAUGCCAUCAAGCUCAUGAACAUCGUCAACAAGCAGAAAGUGGCUCGGGCAAGGAUUCAGCACCGCCCUCCUCGACAACCCACCGAAUACUUCGACAUGGGGAUUUUCCUGGCUUUCUUUGUCGUGGUCUCCUUGGUUUGCCUGAUCCUUCUUGUCAAAAUUAAGCUGAAGCAGCGGCGCAGUCAGAAUUCCAUGAACAGGCUGGCUGUGCAGGCCCUGGAGAAGAUGGAAACCAGAAAGUUCAACUCCAAGAGCAAGGGGCGCCGGGAGGGGAGCUGUGGGGCCGUGGACACGCUCAGCAGCAGCUCCACGUCUGACUGUGCCAUCUGCCUAGAAAAGUAUAUCGACGGAGAGGAGCUGCGGGUUAUCCCCUGUACUCACCGGUUCCACAAGAAGUGCGUGGACCCGUGGCUGCUGCAGCACCACACCUGCCCCCACUGUCGGCACAACAUCAUAGAACAAAAGGGAAACCCAAGUGCCGUGUGUGUAGAGACCAGCAACCUCUCACGCAGCCGGCAGCAGCAGCGGGUCAUCUUGCCAGUCCAUUACCCCGGCCGUGUGCACAGGACCAAUGCAAUCCCAGCCUACCCUACCAGGACGAGCAUGGACUCCCACGGGAACCCCGUCACGCUACUGACCAUGGAGCGGCACGGGGAACAGGGCCUGUAUUCACCACAGACCCCUGCCUACAUCCAUGGCUACCCGCCCCUCCACCUGGACCACACCCUGGCCACCCACCGCUGUGGCCUGGAGCACCGGGCCUACUCACCAGCCCACCCCUUCCGCAGGCCCAAGUUCAGUGGCCGCAGCUUCUCCAAGGCAGCUUGCUUCUCCCAGUACGAGACCAUGUACCAACACUACUACUUCCAGGGCCUCAGCUACCCGGAACAGGAGGUGCAGUCCCCACCCAGCCUGGCUCCCCGGGUCCUGUCCCGUGCCUUCCCACCGAGCGGCAGUGGCAGUCUGCUUUUCCCCACUGUGGUGCACAUGGCCCCACCCUCCCACCUGGAGAGCGGCAGCACGUCCAGCUUCAGCUGCUACCACGGCCACCGCUCAGUGUGCAGCGGCUACCUGGCCGACUGCCCGGGCAGUGACAGCAGCAGUAGCAGCAGCAGCAGCUCUGGCCAGUGCCACUGCUCCUCCAGCGACUCCAUGGUGGACUGCACUGAGGUCAGCAACCAGGGUGUGUACGGGAGCUGUUCCACGUUCCGCAGCUCCCUUAGCAGCGACUACGACCCCUUCAUCUACCGCAGCCGGAGCCCCUGUCGCACCAGCGAUGCAGGUGGCUCGGGCCGGGGCCCAGCUGUGCACCUUGAGGGCUCUCCGCUGCCUGAGGAGCUCCUGGCCACGCACAGUCGUGGUGCUGGCCUGGGAGAGCAUUGGCCUGGCCCUGCCUCUCCCUCGGGGGACCAGCUGUCCACCUGCAGCCUGGAGAUGAACUACAGCAGCAACUCCUCCCUGGAGCACAGGGGGCCCAAUAGCUCUACCUCAGAAGGGGGGCUCGAGGCUUCUCCUGGGGCCGUCCUGGACCUCAGGAGGACCUGGCAGGGGGGCCGGGAAGGGCUCACGUGUGCCUGCUGCUGCGAGCCCCCGCCCUCUGCACUGGAGCCCAGCACAGGUGCGGCUGAUGGCAGCACCUUGUUCCUGGGUACCCCCCUCUGUGAGGGCUGUGGCCCUCCAGUCGGGGAACCACCACCGGGAGGCCCCCAGGGCCUGCACGGCCUUCACCCAGACCAUUUGCCCAGGACAGAUGGGGUGAAGUAUGAGGGCCUGCCCUGCUGCUUCUAUGAAGAGAAGCAGGUGGCCCACGGCAGCGGAGGGGGCGGCAGCUGCUACACAGAGGACUACUCCGUGAGCGUGCAGUACAUGCUCGCUGAGGAGCCCCCACCCAGCUGCCACCCAGGGGCCCGGGACCUGAGCCAGCGCAUCCCCAUCAUCCCAGAGGAUGUGGACUGUGACUUGGGCCUGCCCGCAGACUGCCAAGGGACCCAGGUCUGCAGCCUCUGGGGUGGGACACCAGGCCUGGAUACCCCCCAGCCCCACCAGGGCCUGGGUGUGGCCCAGGAAGGAGAGUGGGCUCUGGGCUGCCCCGUGGGGGUGCUGCUGAGGCCGGGUUACCCUCCAGAGGAGAAUGGUGCCUCCAGGGCCAGCUUCCCCAGUGCCCUCCAGGACACUCAGGAGUCUGACACCAUGGCCACUGAGGCUGCAGGAUCAGGAUCUUGCCCAGCAGAUGCCAGCGGCACAGGAGCCUGAGCUGAGGAGGAACUCCUAUCUGGAAAUGGGGGACUGUGCAGAGACUCCAAACUCUGAUUUCCUUAAAAGAAAAAAAAAAAAAAAUUUUUUUUUUAGCUUUGACAAACAAACAAAAGUGGUAAUAGAGCCCUCCUUCUCAACCCGAAAUGUGAGCCACCUGUGGCAAAACCACCCCCACCCCCAUUAACAAACCAACAGACACAAAGUUCUGAGUCCUUUGCCUCUUUUGAUAACACGUUACUCUGUUUUGUAAAGUGUGUGUGCUUGGGGUUCCAAGGUGUGUGGGAUUGAGUUCUCUGCAUUGUUUUUUUUUUUUUUUUAAUGUUAUAUGUAAAUGUAAAGUUAUUUAAAUAUAUAUUUUAAAGAACCCUAACUGCCAACAUUCGCUGGAAAAAAAAAAAAUCUCACUGCUGCAUUAAAUGAACCACAUCACGUGUAGAUACUGUUGUCUCCCCAGAGGGAGCUCAGGCCUUUGAAAAGCUCAGGGCUACACCUGCCUUAGAAAAUGAACCAGAAACUUGAAGUAAAGCUAGUUGAUAUGGGUACAAACUCUGAGGAACAAUGCAAUGCUGCCUCUUUCUUUCUCGUGGCAAAUCCCACUGUACAAAAGUUCAGGACUUCUCAGAAGCCAUGUCCCUACAGCCUGCACCUUUAGGCCCUGGGUGGAAACAGCUGGAAUGAGAGCAGAAGAUCCAUAGCCCUGGCUCCCAUCCAAGGAACCAGAGUAGUUCUGAGGGCAUCCGGGACAGUCCUUGCUACAAGCCUUGGGGUGACGGGUGACUCCAUCCACUCUCUUUAGUUUGCCCUCUGGGGCCAUCACCCAGAAUAAAAUGACAGAGUCCCUGGUCAUGAUCUGGGUCGGGGACCAGGUCAUAGUAAGGGCAGCAGGCGCGGGGUCCUCUGUAUGAAGUGUCUGACUGACCCCAGGGCCUGAGGGAAGAAGAGCCUAACUUUGGAAUCUUUUGCAAAAAAUACGUUGGGCUUCCAGCCACUGGCUGCAGAAAUGGUUCGAUGGGCUGUGUAGGGGCAAACACCCAAGGGGAAUGUAGUUUCGUGGCCUUGGUAUCUGGAGGGGCGUGGGGGUGCUCUCCACAAACUCUGCCCGCACUGGCACAUGCUCAGCAUGUAGAGGAGGGGAUGCCUAGGUGGGGCAAGCCUGUGUGCGCAUAUGUCUGCGGGGGCACAGCCAGGACCCUUGGCUGCUGCAUCCUGGGGGCACACGCCAGGACCCGCAAGGUCUGCACUGAGCUGAGCUCCGCGUGGAUGGUACGUUCCCCAUCCUGUUUCCCACGGAAGCACCGCUUCAGGGUGAUUCAGCCCUCUGCGUCAUGGCUGAAAUUCCUCAUCUCGCCUGGAAAUGUCUACUCUUCUGUCUACGUAAUGCACUAUUAUGUAUCAAUUCUCCAGGAGACAGAGAGAGAGAAAGAGAGACUAUCGGAGAGUUUAGACACAAAGGAUGGGUUUUUGUGUAUUUUCCCAGCAUUUUUUAAAGGGGGAGGGAGAAUUUAAAAACCCAACAGGUGUUUUUUUGUUUGGUUUGUUUUGUUUUUGGGGGGGUGGUUUAAAAGACGUUUCCAUUUUAAAAGGGAGAGAGAAUCUAUUUAAAGCUGUUUCAGAUCAGGGAUUGUUAUCCUUUUUUGUCCAAUGUAUUCUUUAUUCUUUAAAAAAGUUUUUAGAAAAAACUGACCACAUUAGCCCUUAGGUUCACUAACUCUUCUGGUCACUUCUGUGUAUUUAUUCACUCAAACAGGGAUAUGUUGCCAUCUGAAAGCGUGUGGCCCAUUCAGCCUAAGCUCAUUCACAGAAUGGGAACGGUGCAGCCUGGUCCUAUGGGUGGGGAGACAGGGACCACCCUGGGCUUCCAGGUGACUGUGACAUCCCUCUGUAGUCAGGCUCAUGUGAAGUCAGCACCUGUGUAGCCAGACCAACUGUAUAGGAAUCCUUUGUUCCUAAAAACCCCAGCUAGUGAUGAGGAAUUUACUUAAUUCUAACCAGGAUCUGAUGGUAAGAAAUUGCAGCAUCCAAUAAUUGAGCCAUUUGCCAUAUAGAAAGAAGCUUGCUGUGGUUAGACUUGGGCCUCCAGCCUCCAUGGCGCAGUCCCCUGGGGGCAGCUCCCUCUGGGCUGUGCCCUGGCACACCUGUUGGCGAGGGUGUGAGAAGCCCUAAGCUGUUGACAUGUGAUCCAGCCGCCUUUAUAUCUCGGGCCAGAAGUAGCAGCUGCUGAGGACAACAGCUUGCAUUACGUGGUUUUAGGGAAGGGGUAUGGCUUUUAACAUGAACUGCAAAAAGCAGCCUCUCAUGGUUGAGAAUUUUUUUGUUUGUGGCUUUGUUUUUUUGUUUUUAAUGCCUUUGAGUGAAUAUUAUCUUCCUUGUCUGAAACCAUACCCCCGAAGUGGCUUUCUUUAGCCCUGGCGGAAAACCUCUCCUCAAUAGCUUUAAGCAAUGAAAGAUGAGUACAGAAUGUGGCUUCAACCAGGCUUAUUAAAAUAAAUGUGCCCAGUUUUUCAUUUGACAGGGAAAACUGCAGAUGGCAAAAGAAGCACAUUUCAUUUUUGUUGUUUAUAGGGAUGGUAGUAACCAGAAAAAAUGAAAUUUUAAUAUCUUAAAUAUCAGCAGUUGUCUUUUAAAUUUGUGCCGGCUCAUCAGAUAGGGAGGCGACCAGAAUAUAACAGCUAACUCUAUUAUUGCCUCACCUUUUAAAUCAAAAUAAAUGUCUUCUUCAAAGUUGUAAGACUCCAGUUGAGAUGACAAUUUUGUGGCAGUUACAGUGAAACCUGUGAGAGAUGGAACUAGACAGGACUGCCUUGUUUUUCUGGGUCUUGCAAGUUUUCUCCCUUUGACAGUGUGCGGUCUUACCACUUUUCUAUUACUCUUUUAUUAGUGGAAAAUAUUUGCAUUUUCUUUCUCUGACAGGUUUCCACCUUACAUAGGUUCCAGCUUUCACAGGUUUUACUGUAUAGAGCUGUGGAAACUGGAAGCACCACAUUUUCCACUGAGAACCCCCACCUCCCAGGCUGAGGUGUGGCUGUUGGACAUGGCCUAGCCCUAUAGGACAGCCAUGGAAACUGAAGAACAAUAUGGAAAUGGGUAUUUGGGUGUUCUGACUAACGAGGUACCUCUUUGUAGACACGGCUCCAGUGAGCUGGCUGGAACUCUCCGAGUUCCUUCCCCUUCUCCAAACCCAAGCCAUUUUAUAAUGCUCUGUCUGCUGCCUCACUGCUUGGUCCCUUCCUUACGUGCUGCUAGUCUCUACUCCAAGUUCAUGCAGGAUGAAUGCUUUUAAAUUGAGGUCUAAAAAAGAAUUACUACUCGAGAGUAUUAUUUUUAAAACAGAACUGCCUUUUUCUGUUCUUUAUAUAACUGCUUCCUAUUGUGUUGGUCUAACAAGGCACUAUUUUAAAAUGUUUUUGUUUUUUUUUUUAAUUUCUCCCAUAGCACUUAAAAGAUAUUUUGUAAAGACUUUGCUGUAAAGCUUUUGUAAUAAAAUGGUCUAAGGGCUCUUUCUCCAACAUUACCAUUUUUUUUUAAAAAUGUUUUAAAGGCUAGAAAACAACUUAUGUAAAUUCUGUAUAUGUAUAGCGGCACAUUUCAUUUAUGGAAAUAUGUUCUCAGAAUAUUUAUUUACUAAUAUAUUUAUCUUAAGCCAUGUCUUAUGUUGAGUGUGUGACAUUGUUGGAAUAAUCUUUGAAAAUGACUAACACGAGGCCCUGUACAUACAUGAUAAUUGCACACAGAUUUUACAUAUUUGCCGACCAAAAAUGAUUUAAAACAAGUUGUAGUCUUCUAUGGUUUUGUAACAAAUUGUACAAAUGACUGUAAAAAAAAUACAAUUUUAUGAAGUAUGUGUUAUACGUUGUCAUUGCUCUUUUUGGUUAAGGUCUACCAGUACUCUACGAAGGAGAGGUUUGUAUGGGGGCAAGGCCUGACUUUAAUGUCAGCUGGCCCACAGAAGCAUGGAUAAAAUUUUCUCUCAGGUGAUUUGGGGUGAUGUAAGCUGGUGUCUCAGGAGAGUAGCCACUAGAGAGUAGUGAGAGUUUAUCUUUUUGAGGUGGUAUUAGGCCUUCUGCUCAACACUGUGAAAAAAAGUGGUAGUGGAUGACUCAGAAGAGCCUCGCAGUCCACAUUUUUUAAAAAAAGGGAAUUGUGUACCCCCCUCAAAAAAAAAAAAAUGUGUUGGAAUCCUAACCCCUAUACCUGUGGUGUCAUCCCAUUUGGGAAUAGGGUUUUCUUUAUGUUAAUGAGUCCAUGUCAGUUGUAGCUAGUGUCCUAAACCUAAUCACGUCUGAGUGAUAGAGCAGCAUAGACACAGAAACAAGCGAGCACAAAAAAGGGGGGAAGAUAGAUGCCAUGUGGAGAUCACCAAGGAACUGAGAAUGAACACCGGGCUAGAGAAACUGAAAGAUCUUACCCCAGAGACGACAGAGAGAGAACAUUUUCCUAGAGCCGAUGGCUUGAAUUUGGACUUAGAGCCUCCUGAACUGUAAGAAAAUUAAUUUCCGUUCUUUAAAGCCACCCCACUUUUGGUAUUUCUGUUACAGCAUAGGUUAGACAUAAACCAUCAGCUUCAUCUGCCAGGUCUUUUCCUACUUGGAAGAUUUGAGAGGGAUUCCUCAAGCCUAACAACAAUUGUGAGGAUGCUGCAGGACUGGGCGGUGUUCCGUUCUGCUAUGAUUUGGAACCAACUCGACAACCUCGAACAUGUGUAGGAAGAGGGCAUUGUCUAAAGCCCCAAGCAACUAGCCCUAGAAACAACAUCAUGAGAGUGGAGAGGGGCCCUCAGUCUUGAGAAAAUCCCUAACCCAUUUUUGUUGUUGCCCGGGAAGGGUAGCUACUAACUUGUAAAGCACUCUGAGAUCACAUGGAAGGUACAAAGUGGUGUUUAUUUUUCAGACAUCUAGCAGAGAAUAUCCUAAUCUCAUGAGCUCCUGUUCCUAUUUCUUACUCUUUAACUUGGGCCAUUUUUUUUGGCACAGGCUCCUCACUGACAUGGGGCUGCUUCCUGCCCAGCAACUGGUCCUUCUGAGCACCUUCAGUGAUGGUGGCCUGACUGCACAGGGCUUCCCAGAGCUUCUGUUUAAUGGCCUUGCCCAGCUCCAAGCUGUACCUCUUGGGGGUCCCUGAGGGAUUCCAUAGCAUUGGCUCAACCACAGCAUGGUACAGAGCUUGGUAACCCUCUGUGGGGAGGCCGUGGAUGGUGAGUGUGUCCUCUGACAACUCUCUCUUUCUGACUUCAGGAAGCAAUGCCUGGCCCUUCCAGGCUGCUGUCCCACUGUCCCAGGGUAGCGCUUGGGUGGCGGCCACAUGUUCAGCAUAACUUUCCUCAAGAUCUUGGCAGACAGUUACUUUUUUCUCCUUUGAACUUUCUUUACUCUAGCCAGGAAGAAAGAAGAGAAGUCAAAGCUAAAACUCGAGAAGGGUGCUCAGAAUAAUUAUCUAGGAUUUGUGUCCCAGAGUCUUGGUUACAGCAACAACCAACGUUUGUCUAACGUGUUCUGUCUUACUGAGUGCCUUCAUGUAUACCACAGCAUGUGUUCCCUGUAACCCUAUAAGGUCGGCAAGACAGCUUUAAAGGCAAGGAAAUUGAAUUUGGUUUGCCCAAGGCCCCACAGCUAAAAGGUUAAUAAGCACAGCUGUUGUACCAUGCAUGAUCCAAAGCAUUUACUCUGUUCAAGAGCCGUUUGCAUGUAUUAACUCAUUUAAUCCUGAUAAAGCCCUAUGAGGGCAGGGCCAUUAUCCCCUAUUUUAUAGAUGGCAAAAUUAAGGCACAAAAAUCAAGAGGUCAAACCCAAGGUCAUCUUCAGUUAUAACCAGGGCUGAGAUUUGAACCUCUCCUGGCCUCCAUGGAGUGAUGGAGUUGGACUCAGAGCAGACCUCUAGACACCAGUCUUCCACAGGGAAGUUCAUAGAAUUAACUUUCUUUCCCAUCUCUAUCCUGUUUUCCCUUCACUCCAAGUUCUUUUUGUCUGUACUUAGGAAAGCCUUUUCACCCUUCUGUAGAAGUAAAACCAAAUCUGGUGCUUUCUCCACCGUGUCGUGCCAGGCCACCCUACCCUCCCCAUUUGUCUUUAACUUCCAGAUUCCCUUCUCUUGGUAUAAAUCUCAAGCAUUUGUCUUUAAGUGCCCCCUCUAGCUUUACCUUUUAUUUUCCCCGCCCCACCCCAUUUAGUCCACCACUGGCCAGCAUCUACCUCACUGAUGCUUCCUAUGGGCCUCUUAAGCCUAGGCGAGCCCAGCUGCCCCGCUGGCUGCUUGCUCUCGGAACCGAUGGAGUUUCUGACCCUGCGCUGUUGAGCGGCUUUCAUCGUUGAGUUGUCCUUGGGCUUUAAUCGCUUCGAGGGUUUUGCUUUUUCAAACUUGUGCGGUAUAGGGCAGCUUUUAUCCUCCAAUUGUCGCCUAAGUACAAGCUUCACCAGGGAUAAUGAACUGGCAAUUAAUGGAUCCUUUACAACUUCCCAAGAAGAGGUGGUACCUGGCAUGGGGGCGUUGGCAUUCUGCCUUGCACACUUUCUGGCCGUCCAUAUGUUGGUGAGAGCUGGUGAGUCCACAUAGCAGUCCUGAAGCCUGGUGUUGAGCAAGAUGGACUGUCGGAGCCCAUAGGUGGGGAUGCUGAAGUCUCGUCUCACAUAGAUUGGGUGCUAGAAUUACAAGGGGGAAAAAAACAGCAGUAAAAAAGACCAGUUCUUAAUCACAGACGAGAAAGCCUAGUUUGGAGGCAAAGUAUUAACAUCUACGUAGCUCUUAGAAAUGUUGCUACAUGUCCUCUCUCCUCUUCACCAAAGCCUUUUGUACCCAGUAGAGACAAGAUAGUAACUUCAUAAGGUCACAGUGAUAGCCAGGCUUUUGGAGGACAAAGCAUACAGGUGAGAAGUGGAGAUCAGGGAGCAUUGUAAGGAAGGA